CAAGUGCAUUCCUACGAUAACUUUUGCGUUUGAGACGAGAGUGAAAAUGAGCUCGAGAUAUUUCCCAUAACAUUGGCAGGAGUUUUCUCCGACUAUUCAUUUCCCCUCAUUAUUAUUCCGUCAUAAUAUCCAAGGGGCGAAGGCUUGGACGUGCGAGCAAGAUAGGGUCAAACUGCUGCACCAUCAUGGAGUCCAAGAGCACCCUGGCAGAAGCAGACUCGACCUCCAUGUUAGCCAUCCCACAGUCCAAUCCACAGUCAAGUGUGUCACAGACCUCACCAGCACUCUUGUCACCUUCACAUUCCCCUUCAGAUUUAUCACCAGCACAGUCCCCAAAACACAUGUCUCCUUCUCAUUCUCCAUCUGCGAUACCUGUCUCAGGAUCUUCACCCACAGUUUUGUCACCUUCAGACAGUCUUAGUGACCCUUCACAGCCAUCUACAAUACAACCUUCCUCAUUGUCUUCAUCGGUCAUUUCACCUCCUGAGCUACCAUCUCCAGGGAGCAUCUGGGCAGAAUCAGUAUCUUUAUUACCAUAUGUACCAUUAUCACUGUCAUCUCCAAAUGAGACGCAGCCUCCUGCAACACAGUCUAAUGAUUCCCCAUCUAGUAUAUCAUCGCCAACACCAGCCAAUCCACAGUCUCCCUUGGCUGUCUCAGUGGACCAAGACUCAUAUUACCUUCUUAAUGCACAACCUCCUGUAAAGUCAUGGCGUUAUGAUCCUCUAGCAUCCCCAGAUUGGGAUUGUGCAGGACCACCUGGAUGUCUAUGUGCUGGACGAGUUAAAAAAGACCUGAGCAGUAUCUACAGUGAGCCACUUCCAGGAAUUUUUGUUGUACCUGAUGAACAAAACCUCUUUAAAGUUAACUGCCUCAUUAUUGGACCAUUUGAUACACCAUAUGAAGGUGGAUUCUUCCACUUCCUCGUCCGUUUUGGUCCCCAGUACCCUCUCCAUCCACCAAGAGUACGACUGCUGACGACAGGGGGAGAUACAGUCAGAUUUAACCCUAAUUUAUACAAGAAUGGCAAAGUUUGCUUAAGUAUUUUAGGAACAUGGUCUGGUCCAGCGUGGAGCCCAGCAUCCAACCUCUCCAGUGUUCUUUUGUCAUUACAAAGCCUGAUGAAUGAGAACCCUUAUCACAAUGAACCUGGAUUUGAAAAGGAGCACAAGGCAGGAGACAGUGAGCGUUAUAACACCAUCAUAAUGCAUGAAACGAUUAGAGUUGCUGUUAUACAACAGUUUGAGGGUGUUACCAUGGUGCCAGCAGAUCUCAUGAGAGUUAUGGAAGCUUCAUUUCUGGAGUAUUAUGAUCAUUAUGUUGAAAUUUGUGAAAAAAAUAUGCAUCUAGAUGGACAAACCAUGGUGGUAAGUAAAAAAUUUCCAAUUUUUGAUUAAGGGAACCGUCCCAGA